AUGGAUAUGAAGAUAGAGUUCAAUGACACUGAUGAAUCCCCGAUAGUUCCUCCUAACAGUAUAGGCGCAUGGAGUAUUAAGAAUGACACUUCAGUGCUGAUCACAGACCCACAGCCGAGUGGAUCUCAUAGGAAAAUUAUUAGGCGAUGGAAUCGUUUGUCAAGAUUACAACGAUCAAUAGUUUAUGCACUAUUCGUGAUAGCAGGGACUGUCCUAGUGAUGUUUUAUGUCUCGAAAGUUUCUGCAGCUAAUGUAAAUAAGAUUAAUCAUAGUGAUUUAGGCCAAGAAACACUAAAAAAUUUGUCUCUAGUCAAUGAACAAGUAGCUGAGGCUGCUGUAUCGAAGAAGACUGUUAUAAACGAUGAGAAAGCUGAAAGACCCAUGUUUACAGGACCUAUCAAUGCUCGUCAAUAUGCCGUUGUGGAGAGCUUCAAACAUGCUUGGCGUGGUUAUAAGGAGCACGCGUGGGGCCACGAUAAUUUGAAACCAGUCUCUGGGAUGGCCUUUGAUUGGUUCUCUCUUGGACUUACCAUUGUCGAUUCUUUAGACACUGCUUACAUUAUGGGACUGAAUGACGAAUUUGAAGAAGGCAAACAAUGGAUUCAGAACGAACUGGUUUUCACAAAGAAUAAGGAUGUUAAUUUCUUCGAAGUCACCAUUCGUGUUCUGGGAGGUUUGCUGUCUUGUUACCACUUUACACAAGAUCGUAUGUUCCUGACUAAAGCUAUUGACCUGGGAGACCGCCUGAUGGCUGCUUUCUCCUCACCUUCCGGUAUACCGUACUCCGACGUGAACCUUGGUGAAAGAACAGCUCAUGCACCAGAAUGGUCUCACUAUAGCACUACUGCGGAAGUGACUACAGUCCAAUUGGAGUUCAGAGAGCUCUCCCGUGCGAGCAAUAACCCUGGAUUUGAGGAUGCUGCCGCAGCGGUCUCGGAGAAAAUUCAUCAUUUACCGAAGAAGCAUGGUUUGGUGCCGAUAUUUAUAAACCCAAACACUGGCCAUUUUCUGCCGCACGCCACCAUAACGCUUGGAGCUAGAGGGGACAGCUAUUACGAAUACUUACUUAAACAAUGGCUGCAGACCGGAAAAACCAUUAACUAUUUAUUGGACGAUUACUUGACCGCUAUCGAAGGUGUCCGUAACUUCUUGGCAAAGCGAUCGUCGCCAAACAAACAUCUGUUCAUUGGAGAACUAUCGGCCGGGUCAGAGGCAUUCAAUCCCAAGAUGGACCAUUUGACUUGCUUCCUGCCGGGUACAUUAGCCCUUGGCCACGCCAAUGGCCUCCCUGACUGGCACAUGACCAUGGCCGAGGAACUCCUUUACACCUGCUACUUGACAUAUGCUGCUCAUCCAACAUUCUUGGCUCCGGAGAUAACUCACUUUUAUAUGGAAAAUGUGCCAACGUCCAAAAAUGUUCCGCAGGCGAGUGUCGCCGAAGAUAUGUACACUAAGACUGCCGACUCUCAUACUCUUCUGCGUCCUGAAUUCGUUGAGAGUCUGUGGUACAUGUACCAAAUUACUGGAAACACAACAUAUCAGGAUUGGGGCUGGCAGAUAUAUCAGGGAUUCGAGAAGUACGCACGAGUACCAAACGGUUACACAUCGCUGGCAAACGUGAAGGUUGAAAAACCAGUGCAACGUGACAUGAUGGAAUCCUUCUUUAUGUCGGAAACUCUGAAAUACCUGUACUUGCUGUUCAGCGACGAUAGGUUCACAAUUGACCUGAACAAGUACGUCAUUAACUCCGAAGCCCAUCCACUGCCUAUACACAAAAACUAG